AUGAAAUUGGCUUAUUCACUGCGGACGCCAUUGAAAAUACCGAAGGAGGGCUGUGGUGAGGUCACCGCUCACGGGCUUGCCAAGUGUGGCUUUGGGGAUGAGCUCCUCGGGGCCUUCAAUACCCUGCAUGGCGAAGAUCUUUCUACCUUCUUGGUAUCCUGGGUUGACAGCAUCCGCAAUGAACUGGUCUCGAAUACUCAUGGCUUCCUUCCCUCACGUCGCCCAGCCCUUGCUGAUGCUAUCCCACCCAACUUUCCUCCAGUGAAUGUUAUUGAGUUUUACGUGCAGCCGAAAACAACUUCAUUUUUCCCUUCUGGCAAGCUCCCCUUUGCGGCGUGGAAACCGCGUGAAAUUCGCAUCAACAAACUCGCAUCGUUUUCCGCAAAGAACCUUGGUUGGACAGAUGCAACAGCGCUCCGAAAAACGUUUCACUCCAAUAUUUGGGAGGGUGUUUUUCUUCAAAUGUUGAUUUCCCCCUGGGUGCUCUAUAAUCCCGAGACUCACAUCAUGCAAACUGAUAACAUGAACACCACAAUUCUAGAACUUCAACCGAAGCAACGCCAGACCCGUCGUCAAUCAAAUAUCUGUUCUUGGCACCGUGUUAAAAUCUCAACCAACAACUUCAUUGAAUUUAGUGUUUGA